CGCGGGCAGCAGGCGGCCCUCCUCCCGUCCUCCAGGCGGCUCCCGGCGCCCGCCUGGGGCAGCCUUCGUCCCGGCUCCCGUCUGCAGCCCCCGCCGCACACGCGUGGACAGCUCCGAAGCGCCCUCCUGCGACCGCGGGAGGUCCGGGGCGCGUCUGCCCUUCCUUCCGCGUUUUUUCCUUUUCCGCCCUUCCCCUCCCCCUGCCCAGUGGCCCUCCGGGAGGGACGUCUGGAUCGAGGCCGUCACGGGGCAUCGCGCUGGUCGCUCUCAGUCGGGGCGGGGGCUGAGGGCCCGAGCGCUGCGGGCGUCUCCCCGUCCCUGGUGCGACGACACCAGCGGUGACCUGCCCGGCGACGACGACGCCAUGAGCCCAAACAGAGAAGAAACGCUACUGCCCGAGGCAGCGCACUCUCCCAGCAGGCUGCAGGACCUGUCCCUUCCUGUGACAGCAAACACGAGCUUUGAGGAGGACAGAGAUGACGACGGGGGCGCCGUGGACUCCGAGCCCCUACCCCAGGAUGCCGAGUCCUCCCAGCACGUCACGGGCCUCGACAAGGACCGGACACUGCAGAACCCGAUCCAGGACAACAUGGAGAACUACCGGAAGCUGCUCUCCCUCGGGGUACAACUUGCUGAAGACGACCGCCACUCCCACAUGACACAGGGCCGCGCGUCAAGGGCCCCCAGAGAUGCCUACCCCAGCACCAGCCAAGGUCUGAAAACUAUACCUGAAGCCAGAACGUCCACCCAGCAGCUGGAAGUCUGUGAAGAGGAACCUUCCUGUGGAGUGAUCACGGACAGCCUCCUCAAGGGUGUGUCCCGCGGCGGCUCCACGGCCGGAAGAGCGCGGGGGCCCCGUGAGCGGCUUCGGAGGCCCCCCAGAACGCUGGGGGACCGCUGGAAGGAUGCGUUGUGCAGCAGGCGGAAGCUGGCAGUCCCGGGGAGGGGUGGCAGAGGUACUGUGUUCAGGAGAGGCUUCAGGUCCAUCUCCAGCCUCGUCGCCAGACGGAGAGGCCUGGAAAGAAAGAGGCACCGUCCUGUCGAUGCUGCUGGGCGGGACCCGGCCGGCAGCCACAGAGGCUGCGCCAGGAGGAAGCCCGCCGUGUGCGGCAGGAAGGUGAGCACAGCCACGAGCGUGAGCGGCCUGGGCAGCCCCGGCGCCCCCUCCGUCUCGGGGCCACAGCCCUUCGAUUUGGGGGUGAAGCUGUUUCUGUGUGAUGAGUGUGGGGGGUCGUUCGGGGUCAUCUCAGAGUAUGUGGAGCACCAGAUCAUGCACACGAGGGAGAGUCUUUAUGAGUAUGGCGAGGCCUUCAUUCACAGCGUGACUGUCAGCAAGGUCCAGAAGGGUGGGGGGAAGCACUUCGAGUGUAAGGAGUGUGGGGAGACCUUCACCCAGACGUCUGCCCUGGCGGAGCACCGCAGAGCCCACGCCCGCGCGUAUCUCGCAGAGUGUCAGGCUCAGGACAUCGAGGAGACCGAGAUGCCCAGCCCAACCGUCACGGAGCUUGAGAAGAUGUACGGCAAAGACAAAUUCUACGAGUGCAGGGUGUGUAAGGAAACCUUCCUUCGCAGCUCUGCCCUGGUGGAGCACCAGAAAACCCACGAUAGAGGGAACUUGCUUGCUGACAGAGCUGGCAGAUGCCAGCGGGAACGUGAGCGUGAGCCCCAGCGUGGGGAGCCAGGCGUGCCCCGCCCGACCCUCUGUGGAUUCCGGAAGGUGUACGGCAGGGAGCGAAUCCGUGAAUGUGAGGUGUGUGGGGAGGCCUUCCUUUACAGUGCAUCCCUGAAACAGCAUCAGAAGAUACACCUGCGAGGAAACCCGUCUGGCCGCGAGAGUGGGGUGGGUGAGGAAACCUCUGCUCCCGGUCAGUCACUUAGAAGGUGGCAGAAGACCCACACUGGAGAGAAGGUGUUUGGCUCCACAGAUGGGAGCGAUGCAUCGAAGCCAAGCCCGGACCUCAGCGAGCGUCAGAAAAUCCACUCUCGAAAGAACGUCUUUGCAGGCAAGGGUUCUGAGAAAGCUGCCGUUCACAGCGUGCCCGUCCCUGACUCUCAGAAGAGUCAUACCAUUGCCAGAGCCCCUGAAGACGAAGGCACCAAGCCCAGUGAAGACCAGCGGUUUCCCGUGGCAGAGAGUGUCCUCGAGGGGACACCGUUCGAAAAGCCUGUCUCUCACGGCCCGGCCCCAGCAGAAGCUCAGAAAUGCCCCAGCUCAACGGAGCUCAGAGAACCAGAGCUAACGGCAGAGUCUCCCGGCCAGGGCGCUGCGGUUCCUGGUCACCAGAAAGUCUGUUCCGAAGGGGACACCGGGGCAGGAAAAGGCUGCAAGAGGCCCAUCACGCCCAGCUUGUCUGCUCCCACGCCUCCGAAGCGUCACCGAGAGAGUGAACGUGUUGAGUGUGGGGAGAAGGGAGACACCUCCACUGACACUUCAGACCUUGCUAAGAAGAGGCCAGGGAUUCCCACCGGAGAGCACCCCGGUGAAGGCGGGGAGAAGAACAGCUCCAAGGACUCAGUCACACAGGGCGAGCCCCAUGCUGAACCUCGAGGAAGUCUUGCUGGAGGGAGUGCCGGUGACCGUAAGCCCGAUGGCAAAUCUGCCGUGCCCAGCCCGAGCGUCCCUGAGCACCAGAAGGUGCAGGCUGAGAAGGACCUUGAGCCUGGCGGAGGUGAGCCCGCUGCGGUGAGCGCCCCGGUGCACGAGGAGCCGCGGCCGGUUUUCCCCAGGAGGCGGCGCUGUGCGUGUCAGCAGUUCGGGAGGGCCUUCCCACAUAGCGCCGCCCACGCCGCCGCACGCCAGACGGCUCUCGGCGGACAGAAGCCCGCGGGAGGCAGAGACGGCGAGCGCUCUGCCCCUCACGGCUCGCCCCCUGCUGACCCUCAGCCCAGCCGUGCCCAGCAGCAGCGCGCCGACGAGCAAGCACGCAGCAAGCCCGGGGGGUUGGGGCAGUGCCCUGCCCCUGGCAGCACCCUUCAGACAGCUGAUGCCCGGGAGAAGCCCCGUGGUCAGGGCUGCGCUGGAGGCACUGCGGUUCAGGCCUCGGGGUUGGGCGGGCCCCGGAAGGGAGGCCCCGAGGGCAGCGGCCGUGGGGGUCGGGACGGGGGGGCGCCCCGGGGGCGCAGCCGGAGGGGCCGCGCUACAGCUGCCACGAGUGCGCGGGAACCUUCACGUCGCACGCGGCCUUCGGGGCGCACCUGCAGACGCACGCCAGCGUGGUCAUCCUGGAGCCCGAGGACGCGCUGGGCCAGUGCUCGGGCUACAUCCGGCGCGCGCGCGGCGGCGCCCAGCAGCCCCGGGUGAAGUACUUCAGGUGCAAGGUCUGCGGCCAGCUGCUGCGGAACUUCCUGGCGCUCGCCAAGCACCAGCUCGCUCACAGCGACUGAGCGGGAGGCGGGACCGCCUUCGCCCGCAGCCCGACCCCGGGGAGGCCGCGGAGGAGUUCAGCCGAGCUGUCAGAACACGCGCGGGAGGCCGACGCCGCCGG